AUUGACAUGUAUCAUAACCUAAUUUUUUGUUUAUUUUAAGAAAACAAAAACAUCUCCAAAUGACCCGUUUUUCUGUUAAAUAAAAUAAUUUGUAACGAAACAUGUUUCUAGAAAAUCGCAAAGUUUUCAUUUUAAUUUCUUUCGGAUUUUUUGUGCAUGGUCUUGUUCUAAAAGCUGCCUUCGAUAUCUACUUUUCUAGCCCUAUUGAUAAUGGAAUGACCCCCAUUUUAUCAACAAAUAGCAGCCCUGCUAAACGUCUUGUCCUUUUUGUAGCUGAUGGUUUGAGAGCUGAGGGAAUCUUCGGGGAAAAUCAGACAGAAAAUGCACCUAAUUUGAAUAAAAUAAAAGAAACGCGUGGUUCUUGGGGAAUUGCUCAUACUAGAGUACCAACAGAAUCACGUCCAGGACAUGUAGCUUUACUUGGAGGAAUUUAUGAAGAUCCUGCUGCUUUGCUGAAAGGCUGGAAAGUAAAUCCUGUUGAUUUUGAUUCCGUAAUUAAUCAGAGUAGGAAUGCGUGGUGUUGGGGCGGCCCGAGUAUUAUUAACAUGUUUAACAGAGAUGAUUUGCCACACAUUCACUUACAUUCAUACGAGCCGAGUUUGGAAGACUUUGGCAAUAAUAACACAAUUGGACUAGAUUCCUGGGUUUUUGACAAAGUUGAAACUUUUAUCCAACAACAAAAAACUUGCGAUUUGUGUGAAUUCAAACAAAAGAGAAAUUUAUUUUUUCUUCACUUGCUUGGCAUUGACACUGCUGGACAUGCAUUUAAACCCAACUCUUUAGAAUACAAGAAAAAUAUCAGAUUUGUUGACGAAAAUAUUGCCCAAAUUGAGCAACUCUUUGAACGUGUUUUCCCCGACAAGUCCACCAGUUAUGUGUUCACUGCCGACCAUGGUAUGACAAACUGGGGCUCACAUGGCUCUGGUUCUGACCAUGAAACCAAAACUCCCCUAAUUACUUGGGGGGCCGGGAUUAAAAUUGACAAAAAACGUAAGGAUGUGCAACAAAUCGAUAUUGCACCCUUAUUAUCUGCACUUAUCGGUAUUAAUUACCCUAUUAAUUCAUUGGGACGCUUGCCGGUUGAUUACAUUGAAACAUCGCAAGAUAAUUUGGCCGAAAUGAUGAUUUCGAAUGUUUUACAAUUAAUGGAGACCUUCAAUAUCAAAAGAAACAGAAGGAUGCGAAAUGCGAUACGAUUUGUGCCCUUUCAAGGAGUCACAAGGGAAGCACUUGAGUCAAGAAUUAAUCAUCUAAAAUAUCUAUCAAGUUCACAACAUUUUGAUUCACUUAAAGUUGAAACAGAAAAAAUAAUUGAUUUUCUAAUUGAAGGUUCUGAUUAUUAUCACAAUUACUACCAACUCCCGAUUUUAAUCUCAAUAACUGUGGGAAUUGUAGCGUGGAUCAUUUAUUUAGCAACUUUUAAUGUCAGUAUUCCUCAAAAUACAUCACAUGGAAAAAUAGUCACUUAUAUUGAAGUAUUAGUUUUCGUGCCAUUAUACUUAAACGCCUUGUAUUUAUCGAUAGUUCAGUCACUUCCAAUGAUGUACUACGUAUAUUUCCUUUUCCCAAUUUUUAUGGUACAAAUUCUCGUUCGUCGUCAUGUUUAUAUUUUAGAGGCUUUGAGACAAGUAAAACGUUCGGGUUUUAGAGAGGCUUUGGUCCAAUUUUUGGUUUAUUUUCUUGGACUGAGAUUAUUAGUGCAAGGAUUUCAUAAUCGUAAAUCACUAAGUAUUGUAAUUUACCUCAUAUUAGCCUCUGUUUUUUACUCAAAAUCGUUAAGACGUCACACUAAUCGGCAGCAAAAAACAGUUUGGAUUGUUUGUUGCGUUAUUGUGUCAAUUUUCCCGUUUUUGCCACAAAUGACCACAACAUUCAAUACCAGCAGCUAUCUUUCUGGUUAUAUUUUAUGGUGUAUCGCUGCAUACAAAUUUAUUAUGAAUCGCUUGAAGUCGAGUAAAAUUAUCUGUGUGCAAUAUGGAAUGAUGGUCUUGACUCCAUUAUAUACUUUAUCGGUGGAAUAUGGCUUAGUGGCGUCAGAUUCACCCCUUAAAAGUGUAGCAUUUAUUUGGUCUUUUACCCCAAUUGUUGCCAUACUGUUUUCACCAGUUCAAGUAUUCUCCCGCCUUAGCAGUAUUUUUAUUGGAUUUGGGACAUUCUACUUGAUGGUCACGUCCAAUUAUGAAAAUUUGUUUUUGUUUUUUUACAUGUGUCUACUUUAUGUAUGGCUGAUAUUAGAAAAUCGAUGUUUUCAUUGCGAAAACUGGGGUGAGGUGGAGUUUAAGAGGGCUUUUGAAAGAGAUAAAUCGCAACAAAAUGAUGAUUUUCGGCGAGCGUUUUUCUUUGUUGUUUUAAUUUUUAUAGGAUUUUUCGGGACUGGAAACAUAGCAAGUUUGAAUUCUUUUGAUCCAAUGUGGGUUCGUUGUUUCCUUACUAUUUUUAGUCCAUUUAAAAUGGCAGGACUGAUACUCUUAAGAAUAAUGGUACCUUUCUUAUUUACUAGCUGUGCAUACAGAGCUGUGAAUUUAUUUUGUAAAAGUAAUACGCUUAACAUGUUUUGUAUAGUAUUGAUGUUUUCAGAUUUAAUGUUACUUGAACUUUUGUAUUAUAUCACAAAUAUAGGCUCCUGGUUAGAAAUAGGCAUGAGUCUUUCAAAGUUUAUUAUAAUGGAAGCUUUCGUUAUCAUUUUAUUAAUUUUGUACGGAUUUGCUUAUUUAUUAACUACGACUUCUGUUAAAAUGUAAUAAAAUUGUUUAUGCCAAUUGUAAAAACAAAUUCCAAAAACAAAAUCUGUAUUUGAAACCGAGCUUUUUGGUAUUUAUUUAAAUUUAAUAAACAAGUUUGCCAACCUUGCACUUGCUAAAAUUAUAUGCAGUUUUCUUAAUUACCAACUAAAUGACCGUUAUAAAAAUGUUUGAAAUAUAUUACAUACUAAAGUUAGGAAAAAAUCACUUUUGUGUUUUACUCAUAUAUAAUAAUUGACAAUAAAAGAUUUGGUUCAA